GGACACUAUAAAAGCCUAAACCCCAUCUCGUGUAUUUUCCCGUGCUGUUUUCCUCUAAAACGUUUUCGAAAACAGAAAAAAAAAAAAAAAAAAAAGCAUUCACAGCGAAGCAACAGCUGAAAGCCGUUUCAGAUUCAAAGCACCACCGUCUCACGCUAAUCAAAACAAACAAAAACCAGCCAAAUUUCAUCACCGUUAUCAAAGAGAGAAUCAACAGAGCAAAGAGAUUCCGAUUUUCUCUUUCCUUUUUCUUCUUUUUUGUGCUUUCACAGUCUCUACGUUGUCGUUCUUUUUUGGCUUAGCAUUUGGAGGAGGAGAGGAGAGGAGAAGAAUGAGAAAAAUGGCGGAUCCUUACGUGUUGGCGUGGAUCUCGGUUUUCGUAACGACGCUUCUUGCUUUGUGCGGUGUCGUUUUGAAGAGACGGAAAGUGAUCGGGAUCUCUUCCGCAAGGACUGAGUCGGUGACGAGCGUAUCGGCUGUUGACGGAGAAUGUAGAUCCGCUGAUGGUUGUGAUACUGACGUCAUCAUUGUUGGAGCUGGUGUUGCUGGAUCCGCACUCGCUCACACUCUUGGCAAGGAUGGACGUGGAGUGCAUGUGAUUGAAAGAGAUUUAUCAGAGCCUGACCGUAUUGUUGGGGAACUGCUACAACCAGGGGGCUAUCUCAAGUUAAUUGAGUUGGGACUUGAAGAUUGUGUGGAGGAAAUUGAUGCUCAGCAGGUAUUUGGUUAUGCGCUUUUCAAGGAUGGGAAACGUACCCGACUUUCUUAUCCCUUAGAAAAUUUCCACUCAGAUGUAUCUGGCAGGAGCUUCCACAAUGGACGUUUCAUACAGAGGAUGCGGGAGAAAGCAGCUUCUCUUCCCAAUGUACGUUUAGAGCAAGGUGUAGUUACUUCUCUACUUGAAGAAAAAGGGACUAUCAGAGGAGUGCAGUAUAAAACUAAAGAUGGCCGUGACUUGACAGCAUUUGCACCCCUAACCAUUGUUUGUGAUGGCUGUUUUUCAAACCUACGUCGCUCCCUUUGCAACCCUCAGGUAGAUGUACCCUCGUGUUUUGUUGGAUUAGUACUGGAGAAUUGCCAUCUUCCUUACGCAAAUCACGGGCAUGUUAUACUAGCAGAUCCUUCCCCCAUUUUGUUCUAUCCUAUUAGCAGCACAGAGAUUCGUUGUCUCGUUGAUGUACCAGGUCAAAAGGUUCCUUCUAUUGCCAAUGGGGAGAUGGCAAAUUAUUUGAAGACAGUUGUGGCUCCUCAGGUUCCACCGGAAAUUUACGAUUCAUUUGUAGCAGCUGUUGAUAAGGGAAAUAUUAGGACAAUGCCAAACAGAAGCAUGCCGGCUUCUCCUUAUCCCACUCCUGGAGCCCUAUUAAUGGGAGAUGCAUUUAACAUGCGCCAUCCAUUAACUGGCGGAGGAAUGACUGUGGCUUUAUCCGAUAUUGUUGUUCUUCGUGAUCUACUGAAGCCUCUGCGUGACCUCAAUGACGCACCAACACUCUGUAAAUAUCUAGAAUCAUUUUACACCUUGCGUAAGCCUGUGGCAUCUACAAUCAAUACAUUGGCAGGUGCAUUGUACAAAGUGUUUUGCGCAUCACCUGAUCAAGCAAGGAAGGAAAUGCGACAGGCUUGUUUCGAUUAUCUAAGCCUUGGAGGUGUAUUCUCAACAGGUCCAAUAUCGUUGCUCUCAGGUUUAAACCCUCGCCCCUUGAGCUUGGUUCUGCAUUUCUUUGCGGUGGCAAUAUACGGUGUUGGUCGUUUACUGUUGCCAUUCCCUUCACCUAAACGAAUUUGGAUUGGAGCUCGACUCAUCUCGGGAGCAUCAGGAAUCAUAUUCCCUAUCAUAAAGGCAGAGGGAGUUAGGCAAAUGUUCUUCCCAGCGACAGUUCCUGCAUAUUACAGAAGAGUACCUCCUGCAAAUUAAUUUAUAUCAAGAAUUUAGCUUUUUCGCUACGACAAAAAUAGUUAGCAAAUUUCAUUUUGUACUCUCUCUUUUCAAAGGUUAGGGGAAAGAUUUACCGGAAAAA